AUGUCCAACGACGUGUUGAUAGAUAUGGGCGAUAUGAAUUCCCUCAAUUCGGCCUCCAGUGACGAUGCGGACGCAGUCAACACCGAGUCCGCGAAGAUCUAUUUCGGGCCUCUCCAAUCGCCUGAACAGAAGUUCGCGUCUACCUCAAGACUCAAGACACCUGUGCGAAAAUCUACAAGACUCUCGUCGGCGCGAGCCAGAGAGCAUACGCAUGUGAAUGAGCGUGUCCACCAGUCGACACCGACAAAGUUGGCAGAACGGGCGGGCUCAUCUUCUGAGGAGGACAUGUUACAGGAUGAGCCAUCACUAGUCCUAGCUAAUAAGGUUCUACACGCCCAUGACAACCCAUCGCCCCCUCCCAGUCCCUCUCCGAACGGUGAAGCGCAUCUGCCUAAUCCCGACAUAUUGAUCGACCUGACACAAGCAGAUGAACCGAUGCCCAUGCUUGCUUCUGAUGCCGACUCCCCUUCACCUGCUCGUCAAGUGGGCGACGGAGAGGCGAACACGUCCCUACCAGACCUCAUCAACUUCGACUCGUUCUCCACACCCUCAGUGACCCCUCGCAUCGGAACACCGGACUUUCGUACAUCUACUGAGGCCACAUCUCCUCUUUCCCGUAGAUCCAUAGCCACGACUGUCGAUGAUCUGCUCUCGCUGUCGCCGCCAAGCGUACCCAUUGGACCUCAGUCGAACCAAGAAGAUACGCUGUCCGCAUUGGAUGCCUUGACUCCCACUGCCGAAGACGAAGAGCAGGUACUUCAUACUCUGAUCGAUCAUGCUCCUGCGGUAGAUGCACCUUCAUCAAAGCCAGAAGAACGGGUACCGACAGAGGCCCGUGCGCUAGACGUCCCAACCACCGAUGCUCCUGCAACAGUCCCAGAGGUAAUUGAACCCUCACCAGUACCACAGCCUCACACCCCCGCCCGGCGCUCUUCGCGCAAACGGUCAAGCAUUAGUCCAGCCAGGCCACGUCCUAUUACGGAGCCGACCACCCUUCUCGGCGUCCCAACUCCCCAUCAGGCGGGCUCAUCGUCUACUUUGGCGAGUCCGGCCCCUGCACUUGUUUUCCCACCAUUGGGAGUACGCGUCAAGAAAAAGGGUAGCAGUCGAGAUGUAUCCCCUAAUGUGGGCGGCAGCUCGGUGAAUCCCGUGGACAUUACGCAACUAGUAGACGAGAAGCGUCCGGUCUCUCCUGGCAGAGAGGCCAGACGGAAUAUGGAAACACAACAACGUCGCCGGCUGGGGUCCCUGUCUCCAACUUCAACCGGGCUCCUAAUGCAGUUGAUGCCCAAUGGCUCCAGCUUAUCCACAGGGGACCAGGCAACAGCUGUACAAACUACAGCGUCAAUCGUACCGAAUGGCAUGCAUCAACCCACUCCUACAAGUCUCGAUCCGUCGCAACCUCUUUCAACCCCACAACCUAGUGGUCAAGCAACGGAACCGCAAUCCAUAACCGAUAUCCCUCCAGCCACACCCAUCGCCACCACCGAACCAUCGCGCUCACCCGCACGUCGAAUCCCUAUCCAUGAGGCCAUCGCGCAGGGAACAUUCUCUCCGUCCAAGCAAUCCACGCUCACAGGAGGGAUCGCCAAAGCUGGUUCGAGCGUAGGCUUGCUAGGGACACCUGUGUUCAGGCGUCCUCGUCAGGCCCUUGACGAUCCGAAUCGGAGUCCCGCGAAGCGCGUUCCUCUUUCGCAAGCAUUCGCACCGUCGACUGUGCCGUCGCCCGAGAAGGGCAAGGCUCCUAUGCGGCCUUCGUCGCCAGUUCGACCCAGCCUGAAGGAGCGAGCCCGUAGUAACUCUGUCGAGCCUGUCUCCCGGCCUCUCUUCGAGCAGAGCAGGUCGGCGGAACCCACCAGGCCGUCGGCGAGUAGCCUCGCAAGGCCAUUUUCAGGGGGCAGUAGCCCUCCCAGGACCAAUGCUGCUACGCCACUCCCUUAUCCGCUUGUUCCGUCAUCAAGUCGUGUGCACCCGCCCAUUCCUGAAGUCGAUGAGGGUGAAGAGGAGAAUCGCGCGACACAACAAGAGCGCGUACGGUCGAGAAGUCCCCCGGGUCCAAGUCCUGUGAAAAAUGUAUCUGCUUUGCGCCAGUCAUCCGCCAGCAGUCGCAUACCGCGAAUCGGUGCCAAGCCAUAUGCUAGACCAAAACCGAAGGAGCCGAGUCCCACACUGGUUCAAGAGUCUAAGCCGCCAAUAGUUCCGAGACGUGCCCUGGGGGCGGCCGGUGGCGCGACACGACCGUUCAAGGCGCUCCAGGGUGGGCAGGGGAGCAGCAGUAGUUCUGAUGGCAGCUCCCCCCGCUAUGGCACUCCAGGAUCUACGGCAAAGGCCCAUGCAAUCCCCCAACAACCUCCUGCUGCGGAAGGCUCACGGGUUUCAGCUCUGAAGAGGAAACGGGACGGGGAGAAGUCGCUUGCUUCCCCACCCGGUGCUAAACCCGUCGUCGUAAUCCGGAAGGUCGUGCCCGGGAUGUUUGGCCAGUCGUCCAAGGCUGGCACAAGCGCCGCGCCGCCAGCUGGUACGCCUGCGGCUGAGCCGACGCCAUAUCCCAGCCCUCAGAAGCCAAGGGGACCGAUCAGGAUGCGCAAAGUGGCAGACUGGAAACCACCACCUCGCGAACCUAAGCCCGCGAGGGUAAAUGCCGCGCCAGCAGUGGUGGACGAACCUGCAGUGUCACCUCCACCCGUAGCCGAACACACCUCACCCAAGGUCAUCUCCAGCCCACCCCCUAUGUCAUCUAGCCCGCAGGCUGCAUCCCCAACAGUCCCUCCAGCCAGCCACGCCCCGGCCGCCCCUCAACCACCACCUUUGUCGCCACCUGUGUAUAGUGCGGAAACAGAGUCUGAGACUCGGUCAAACGGUACCCGUCGCUCAAGUCGCUCGCGCAGAACGGUCGCCAAUCCUACAACGGAUGUCUUCGGUGUUGUCAACGCCGCUCCUGUCCGCCCUCUCAACGUUCGGCGGAAACGUCCACUCCUCAGUGAUACAAGCGCCUUUGCUGGGAUGACAGCUAUGGCUCUUAGAGCGCUCACGUCGUCUAAUACCCAGAAGAAUCAACAGCAGGUGGUGUCGCUGAAGACGGAGGUCAUCCACAAAGAAGGAAAGAGGCCUGGCAGUCCUACUACGAAAGUGAGGACGAUACUGGAGAAGCAGCGAGAGAUCAAGGCGCAGCAGAGGCAUGAACGUGCUGAGCGCAGAGCGAGGCGGUCAUCGGAAGGGGUUGAUGCGAGCGAGUCUCAGGCCGACAUGUCUGUCGACCUCGGUGAUGUGAGCACUAUCACCCUGAAUGACGACGGUAUUCCGGCGCGGCAUCGACGGGGUCCUGGAGACGAAGAGGACUACGUGACGCCUCCGCGACCUGAGCGACCGCCGAAACGUGAGAAGCUAGAUCACGAAGUAAAGGUCAAAGAUGACAAGAGGGUCAAGUGGGACCGAGGGCUCGCGACCAGUGUCUACCUCGAUGAAAUCUCGUCGAAGCCGAAGAAACCAGCCAGCUCCGAGGCUGCGAAGAAGGGCUGCCUAGCCCCUACGGCCAAGACCUUACGUCUCGACACCUUGGGCAAUGUGCUGGACGCUGGCGCCCCUUUGAUCAAUAUCGUGCGCGAGGAUGUCGUCGUGAAGAAAUUUGUCUAUGAUGAUGACGAAGAUGCUAAAUCUGAAGUACCCGAAGCUGAACCUGUUGCUCCCCUGGAGAUCAAACCAAAGAGCAAGAGCAAGAAGAACAAACCCUAA